CUGAAAUGGAAAAAAAAAAUGUGGAUGGGUGCAGAAAGCAGGUUAGAGGCUGGGGGAAUAAAAGGAAGAGAGGAGGGGGGAAACGAUAACAACAGCGAGGGAUUAGCCAUCGACCAUGCAAUUAGUUAGUCCAUUUAGGUCAAAACUGUGUCAAAAAUCCCCCACCAGACCAAAGGCGUUACCUUCAGAGUUGAGCUGCCAGAAUAAAACCCUGGGAUGAUCAUGCAUUCACAAAAUAUUAGAGGUACAUACUGAUGUAAACAAGUAUGGAGGGACAUUGUCCCAGCUAGCUGCUUUGGUGUGUGUUGUUGCUGAUAGAAAGGCUGUUCGACCAUGGUGAUGCCUGUGGCCUGGAAUAAUAACGGGGUAGAGAGAGACGGAGGGAGCACCGCUGGAUUUAAAGAGCAUGCGUCAGCAUGACAGCAGCAUGCCUGGGAGUCGGUCAGAGACAGUGGAGAGCUGAGCAUCGUGGAGACGGAUUAAAGGACUGACGGUUUGGAUGAUUGAAGCAUUCUGGAUUCAUCCCCUCCUUGGAUACACCUUUAAUGCAGCAGAAUGACAAUGAUUUCAUUCUGCAGCUGCAAUGAUAAAGGAUCAUCCUUUUUUUAAAAAGAGACACUUCCUUUUUAUUAUUGGGAAUAUUUAGAGGCUACAGAGAUGCAAAAGGGAUCUGAUGCAAAAGGCAUCAACUCUGGAGUAUUUUCUUCAUUUCUGCAGAAACUGACUUUGUCUUCUUUUGAGUGAAACAUUGCAGCCUCGUGCUUCCCAAAAGGAACACAUUCCUUCACUGCAGUGAUCAGCACCUGUGUGCUCACCCAGUAGACAGCCGGUGAAGGACGUCCCGUUGUGAAUGGAUGAAACUGAGGUUCUCAUUGUCCGGCCCUUUUCCAACAGGCGCUGACUCAGCCUGAAUGUCAAAGGGAAUCACGCUGGUAUCGCAGCAGCGGGAUUUAGCAGCAUCACAGUUCAGAUAGAAGUCAUACUGCAAUGUGCCAGGCUAUCUGGAAUGCUGUGUGUGCUGUGCUGUGCUUGUCCUCCCAGGGACAGCAUGGAGCUUGAAGCAAGCAGACUGACCGGCUGAUUAAGUGGGUUGCUUGCUGACUGGAGCAGUUGCUAUUUGAGGUUUUUGUGGACUCUCUACACCCAUCCUCUGCCGCCUCGGUCGGGUGCUGCGGCCUAACGAUGGGAGAGACGGCAGAAUAUCAGAGGCUGCAGGAGACGGCAGAAUCCGACUACCAGAGCUUGCCCAGCGAUGAUGAAGAGAAACUGGGCAGUGGAAUGCAGUGUGAGGAAGGAACAGAAUGGCUGCUGGAGCUGCUGAUGGAGGUGCAGCUGCAGCAGUACUUCAAGAGGAUCCGAGAUGACCUCAACGUCACACGGCUCUCGCACUUUGACUACGUCAAGAAUGAAGACUUGGAGAAAAUCGGCAUGGGUCGACCUGGCCAAAGACGUCUAUGGGAGGCUGUAAAAAGGAGGAAAGCCAAGCGGAAAACCUGGAUGAGCAAGGUGUUCAGUGGGAAGCGACCAGACGGAGAAUUCCCUCAGCAGGGCCAGCUGGCCUCUUCGUUCCGCAAACUGUCCCUCACGCCUCCCCUCUGUCUGAGCGACGUGGUCCUGGACAAUCAGUCGGAAGUCAGCGGCGGUCCGCUCGACGGGCAGCAGCAGGCCCUGACCUGCCUCAUCCCGGAGAAGGACCUGACGCUGUUUGAGAAGCUUGGGGAUGGCUCAUUUGGCGUUGUGAAGAGAGGGGAGUGGCUGACACCUACAGGGAAAGCGCUUAACGUGGCUGUAAAAUGUCUAAAGACGGAUGUCCUCAGUCAGCCUGAUGCUCUGGAGGAUUUCAUCUGCGAGGUCAACGCCAUGCACUCUCUGGACCACCAGAACCUCAUCCGUCUCUACGGUGUGGUUCUCACACAUCCAAUGAAGAUGGUGACUGAGCUGGCUCCUUUGGGUUCUCUGCUGGAUCGUCUGCGAUGUGUUCAUCCAAAAGGCCCGGUGCUGAUCCACACUCUGUGUCAGUAUGCUAUUCAGGUAGCGAGCGGCAUGGCUUACCUGGAGCAGAGACGGUUCAUCCACAGGGACCUGGCUGCGAGGAAUAUCCUGCUCGCUGCAGCUAACAAAGUGAAAAUCGGGGACUUUGGCCUGAUGAGGGCGCUGCCUAACAACGAUGAGCACUACGUCAUGCAGGAGCAUCGCAAGGUUCCCUUUGCGUGGUGUGCUCCAGAGAGUCUGAAGACCAGAACGUUCUCUCAUGCUACAGAUGCAUGGAUGUUUGGAGUCACUCUCUGGGAGAUGUUCACGCAUGGCCAGGAGCCGUGGCUGGGCCUUAAUGGCAGCCAGAUUCUCCAUAAAAUUGAUAAAGAAGGCGAAAGGCUUCAGAAGCCAGAAGACUGUCCACAGGACAUCUACAAUGUUAUGCUGCAGUGCUGGGCUCAGAAACCAGGCGACAGACCCACUUUUGUCAACCUGCGGGAGUUCCUACUUGAGACCAUGCCCACUGACAUGUGCGCUCUACAGGACUUUGAUGAACUUGACAAACUUCACAUCAAAGUCAAUGAUGUCAUCACCAUCAUAGAGGGGAGGGCUGAGAACUACUGGUGGCGAGGACAGAACAAGCGUACCCUUAAGGUGGGGCAGUUCCCCAGGAACGUGGUGACGUCCGUCGCGGGGUUGUCAGCGCAUGACAUCAGCAGACCUCUGAAGAACAGCUUCAUCCACACAGGUCAUGGAGACACAAACCCUCAGCGCUGCUGGGGCUUCCCUGAUAGGAUUGAUGACUUAUACCUUGGGAAUCCCAUGGAUCCUCCUGACGUCCUGGGAUUGGACCUCAGUGCUGCUCGGCCCACUCAGCUGCCCGGACCAACUAAAAAGGAGCCGCCCCCCCGCCCUCCCCAGCCAACAGUGUUAAUCAAGAGUAAGUCAGGUCUCUCUCAGCAGCUUCUUACCCACUGUUCCUGUCUUCUCUGUUCCCUCUUUGCUCCACUCCUCAAAGAACCCUGCUAUGAUCCGGUAACUGAAGAGGAGGACUCCACAUCAGCAGCGCUUAGGAGAUUAUCACUGAGGAAAACUGGCUCACUCAAAGGUCUCAAGCUAAAACCAGCUGCUUGGGUAUCUGCAAACAAGCAGAGUGGCAGGACCACGAGCUCAGGCCACACUCCAAGCAGCGAUGUGUCCCUCAUUGACUUUGGGGAGGAUUUCUCAGCCUCACCCUCCCCUUCACCUGUUGUUGAAAAUCACAAUCCUGUGCUGGCUAAGCUAAUGUUGCAAGCGGGCAACAUCUUGGACAAAACCCCGCCUGAAAGUCCGUCUAAAUGGCUGCCGCGGCCACUUCACCCCACGCCUGUGGUAGACUGGGACGCCCGUCCCCUACCGCCACCUCCUGCCUAUGAUGAUGUAGCUCAAGAUGAAGAUGACAUGGAGGUGAGCUCCAUCAACAGCUUUGAGCAACAAUCUGAAUAUGAGCAGACGGCUGUCCAGGGAGUCCAAGGAACCAACUCUUCAGAAUUAAUUGAAAGGGAAGUUCUCAUCUUGGAUGGAACAGAAAGACCAGUCCUGGAGGACAACCUUUUCCUUUCCGGCAAGCAUGGCCACACUGCCUCCCCAUCCUUCUCCCAAUCUGCAGAGAUCUUCCAAGAACUCCAGCAGGAGUGCAUGAAGAAGCUCAACGUCCCGCUGGGGGGUGUUGGUCAGCUGUCCCAAAUAUCAGCCUUCUUUCCUCAGACUACUCGGAGCUCCCAGGAAGACCGUCAGAGCGAGGACAGACCUCAGAUCCCCCCACGUGUUCCAAUCCCCCCUCGCCCAAUAAAAAGGGGCGACUACACAUCUGCUCGCUGGUCGAGGGACCUGUCUGUUUCCCCGAUGCCAACCGAACCCACGCACAGUGUUUCAACCCUCGAACCACCGCCCCAGAUCCCACCCAGGGACCCUCUGUCACAACCGGGCUCCCGGACUCCAAGCCCAAACUGUGCCGUGGUGGGCUCCCUCCAGCAGAGGAUCUGCUCCGUCAGCCCCUCCACCCACCAGGCCUUACACUCCCCCUGUUCCACGGCACACACCUACAGCUCCUACCUCUCAACCUCUCCUGGUAAACUCAUGCCUACCACACACAGCUUUGCCUCAGACCCCAAAUACGCUGCCCCCAAAGUGAUCCAAGCCCAGGGUAAGGACAAUGCUAGUAGGGGUCCUUGCAUCCUGCCCAUCGUCCGUGACGGGCAGAAAGUCAGUAGCACGCACUAUUACCUCCUGCCAGAGAGGCCGCCUUACCUCGACCGCUUUGAGCGGUUCUUCAAAGAGGCUGAGACCGUCCCCGCUGCCGCUCCUGAGGACAGGCACCUGCGGCAAGCGAACAUGGCAACUGUGAGACCAAUGGUGGUCACAAACCAGACAGUUCAGGGGCAAGGGCUCGUCCAGCCGGGCGAACUGAAGGCUAAUUUCUUCUGCCAUAAUAACGGCACACCGCGAUCAGGGAUGAAGACAUCAGUUAGUCUCCCUCGCGUGUCUUCAGACGUGUUGACAGGUCCACUGGUCAACUCUCCCUGCAGCAGGACAGAGGAAGGAGGGAACUCUCUGGACAGAGUCCAAAGGGUGCAGGAGGCUGUUCACGGCGUGACGAUAGCAGAGUGUCAAACGGCCCUGCAGAACAACAACUGGGAUGUCCAGAAAGCUGUGAAUUAUUUGAAGGUGGAGCAGUUGUUCUGUUUGGGUCUGAGGAGCAGGUCCGAAUGCCUAAAGCUGCUGGAGAUGUGUGACUGGAACUUGGAGGAGGCCUGCACUCAGAUUUUACAAGAUUAUGGAUCCAAAACUAGACAAAGAUGAUGACAGGAAUCUGAUGGGAGUGAGCUUCGAUUGGACUUUCAUGGUGAGCAAAUCAGCAUUCAGAAGAUUU